AUGUUGCAGGUGGGGGUAUCUGCGAUUGCGCAGAUCGCUCGACUGCUUGUUGAGCCCGCGUGCGCUGCUGCCAUCAGCCCGCUGUACUUCCCUGCCGUGGCCAAGGAUGCCGGCGUGGAUGUGCAAGAGCUCAACGGCCCCGUUGUCGCCAUCGUGUGCGGUGGCAGUGGCGUCACCUUCAAGCAGAUCCAAGACUGGCGCAAGCAGGUUGGCCUUGCCCCGCUCUAGUCGUCAUAGUCGUCGUUGUUGCUGCUCCUGUGGAGGUUUGGCCGGGGGGUGACGUGUUGUGUUGCUGGGAGCUGGCAGCGGCUGUCAUGUAGAGGUAUGUAGUUUGUAGGACGGUCAUUGGUGUGUUCGAAGAUUGUUGGAGGCUGCAACUUGGGUGUGUUGUGCUGUUGCUGCAGCUGUGGUUGGCUUUGCGCCCUCGGUUUGUUGUGGUCAAAGGCGAAGAGGUGCAGUCGGUGUUGGUGUUGGUGUUGGGGCGAAGCAAUGAAUCGUGUGGUUGGUUACAUGCAGCGGUCGCUGUUGCUGUGCGGCUAUAAGCACUCAAGCGUCAUCUUGCCGUUGUUUACUAGUGUGAACACACACAUAUACACACGCUUCCAUGUGGUUGGG